AUGGCACCGCCACCUGUUGCAACCCCUUUAAAAUCCCAUCUCACGCUCGGUCUGGAGGUCGAGUUCUAUGCUGCUCUCAAGUCUCUUGCUUUCAAUGGUAUUCUCGCCCAUGGUUGCAUGGCAAGCCUGUUAAGUAAACGACUACGACACCUACGACUAUCUGGCCCCGACGGCUUCGGCUCCAAAUUUAAGGUCGUCGUCGAGUCAAAAAAAUACCCAUGUGACGCCAAAUAUAUAGACUAUGCCCAGUGGACUCUGACUACAGAUGCUACAGCACAACCCCAGAAUCCAGAAUGGAUGGGCCGGUAUAAUCCCAUCUCCGCGAGAGAGAUAAAUUUAUACUAUGAGUUGAACAAUACCACCAGCAUCCAUGUGCACGUCGGCAACGGAGUUGACCCAGAUUCCUCCUUUCCGUUCCACACAGUACGGAACUUGGCCUUGAUUCUACUAGUAUAUGAACCGGCCAUGGAUCAAUUGCUCGAUGCUAAAUUAUACCCUCCCCCUACUCUCAUCGGCAACCGCGAUCGCUCUCAGGAUCCCGAAUCCAUAUCCUCUAUUAACACCCCUUACUUUCAGCCUCCAAACCUACCAGCACACUCCCCAAGAAGAGUAUUAGCACGUCAUCUCUUUAAUACAUGCAAAGACAUUCGAUCAGUGAUCCGAGCGAUGAGUCCACUACCACCAGAUGAAACUUUGGCCCCAAAUUGCCCGUGGUAUUAUAAGUUCAAUUUCAAUCCAUUGCUUGAUUCUUUGGAUAUACCACCGCCUGUAUUUUCCGAACCCGAACCUGAACCAAACCCCGAAGUGAAGAUUGGGAGGGAGACGUCGAACGGUCAUGCUGAACCAACUAUGCCAGCUCCCCCAGCUGAGCCGCGAUCACCGCCUCAGCCCAAGUCAUAUCCAGCCCCUAAACGGAAAUCUCCGACUAUUGAGUUUCGGCAGCAGAUUGGAACUUUGGACCCAGACACGAUGGUUUACUGGAUUAAGUUUCUAACGGCUUUGGUGGAGUUCUCCGGCAAACUUACGGAUCAGGCGGUAGUUGAGUUCCUUGGACUGGAGGACAUCGACAUCGAGUAUUUACCAUCUACGGAUGAGGGCCUGCCUAUGGAGGAUGAGGAACGGACUCCAUAUGUUACUAUUCGACCACCUACGGAUCCUUCUAUUUCCCUCUCAGCCCUCGCGCUACUCACAAGUAUGCAACCCAUCGGAUCCCUUGCACGUCUCCUUACCGCCAUGGAAUCCGUAAACAUAGACCUUGACUCCGAAAGCACUCGACAUUGGAAGCGCAAGGUCUCGCCAUAA